UCCCCAUACUUGUACCUAUUCCUGUAAUAGCUAGUUCUUGCUUAUAUCCGAACCAAACGGUAAAUUAAUUAAAUAGGAUUUAAUACUGUAUACUUUUCGAAAUUCGAAUAUUGUAACAUAUAUAUAAGUUUGGUAGAAAUAUCGUUUUCUAGAUAUAAUAAAUCAUUCAUUAUUAUUUAGGUCUAAUUUUACAUAUACAAAUAUCGACCGCCUAUUGUAAAAAUAAUAGUAAAAAAUCUCUAUUAAGCGCACUCGCCCAAAACAAAACCCCUGUAGUAAUCCAGAACUUGAGGGACUUUCUUGCAAAAUGUCCCUCCCCACUUCUCGCUUAUCUUCUUCUUCUUCUUCUUCUUCUUCACCGAUCAAAACCCCCCUACACACCAAAUUUCGUCUCUCUCUCUCUCUCUCUCUCUCUCUCUCUCUCUCUCUCUCCAUCUUCGCCAUUGAUGACCUGGGAAACACGAGGAGAGCACAACGCACAAGAUCAAAAAGAAUAAUAACAAUAAUAAUAAUAACAAGAUUUUGAGAGGUACAAGCGUGGUAAUCAUUUCUAAUUUAUUGAAAUAACAACGACGAGAAUGAUGACAACGAUGACUAUGAGCACUGGCCGGCCUCCGGCGAUCACCGGAAUAAGAGAAACGGCGAAUUCCGGCCUCUCCGGCACCACCCCGUCGACCUACGCCCGGCGCCUCUCCCGCCUCCUUGAGCUUCGCGGGGCGGUGCCGGUCCCCUUCCCGACCGUCGUCGUCGAGCCCACCCCCUCCACCCUCGCCGCCAUCCGGCCAUACCUUCUUCCCGGAGCCCUCGACUCCUUCGCCGCCAUCGCCUUCACCUCCCGCAUCGGCAUCUCGUCCUUCGCGCUUGCCCUCGAAGAAGCACCGCCGCCACCCGCUCCGCCGCUCUCCGGCUCCAAAGAUGAGCCCCUCGUCAUCGCGGCGCUCGGAAAGGACGCCGAGGUCCUCCGCGAGGGUGAUCUCCUCUCGAAGUUGUGCCGGAGUCCUAGCAUGGUCAAAAUUCUCGUGCCGGAGAUCGCCUCCCCGGCGGAGUUGGUGAAUUCGCUCGGAGACGGAUUCGGGAGGAUGGUUUUGUGCCCCGUCCCGACCGUAGUCGAUCUUCGAGAGCCGCCGGUGAUCCCGGAGUUUUUGAAUCACUUAAAGGCGGCGGGAUGGGUUGUAGUUAGGGUUUCGGCUUACGAGACUCGGUGGGCGGGGCCAGGGUGCGUGGCGGAGAUGGUGAGAACUGAAAUAGGGGAUUCGCCGGAUGCCAUAGUGUUCACGAGCUCGGCGGAGGUCGAGGGGCUGGUCAAGGGGUUAGAGGCGGCGGGGUGCGAUUGGGGGACGAUGAGGCGAAGAUGGCCGGAGAUGCUGGUCGCGGCGCACGGGCCGGUGACCGCCGAAGGGGUGGAGAGGUUUGGGAUCGGCGUGGAUGUAGUCGGCGCGAGCUUUGAUAGCUUCGACGGAGUGUUAGAUGCUCUCGCAUUGAAAUUUCUUGAUCAAAAAUAAAAAAUUUGCAAGAAUCUUAGAAAACAGAACCAACUGUCCUCAGCGCAAGUGACAAAUGGAUUGAUGGUUGGUA